AUGGCGGCGCCCCCGCAGCAGCCGCCGCCGCCGGGGCCGGGGCCGGGGCCGGGGCCUCCCAUUGCGCCUGCGCCGCCGCUCGCGGCGGGGGCGGGGCCGGCGCAGGGGGCGGGGCCCGGGCCGCCGUUACCGGCGCAGGUGGCGGCUGCGCAGGCGCAGGACUUCGACCCCGUGCAGCGCUUCCGGCUGCUCAUCCCCCAGCUGAAGGAGAGCCUGCAGACGCUGAUGAAGGUGGCGGCGCAGAACCUGGUGCAGAACUCCAACAUCGACAACGGGCAGAAAAGCGCCGAUGGAGCCCUGCAGCGCUUCGACAAGAGCCUUGAGGAGUUCUACGCCCUGUGUGACCAGCUCGAGCUCUGCCUUCGCCUGGCCCACGAGUGCCUCUCGCAGAGCUUCGACAGCGCCAAGCACGCGCCCGCCCUGGUGCCGGCGGCACCCAAGGGCGAGGGGGGGGCGGGCGAGAGCCUCCCCUACACCCAGUACCUGCCCCUCAUCAAGGCGCAGAUCGCCGGCGCCAAGGACAUCCACAACGCCCUGCUGGAGGGGGCCAACAAGAUCACCGGCAAGCUGCCCCCCCCCGGGGGGCCCUAGAGAGGCCGCUG